AUGGCACCAUUUAAGGCCUUGUAUGGAAGGAAGUGUAGAAGUCCACUAUGUUGGAGUGACAUAAGUGAUACAAUAAUUCUAGGUCCUCAAUUGAUAGAAGAAACCACGAAGAAAGUGAGAGAAAUCCAAGCUAAGAUUCAAGCUGCUCAAGACAGGAAAAAGAGUUACACAUAUUUGAAGCGUAGGGAAGAGGAAUUUGAAGUUGGUGACAAGUUGAGAAUGUACAUCCCAAACAAGUCGCAUGUUUUACAACCGAAAACCAUAGAGCUAGACCAUAGCCUAACCAAAGAGGAAAGACCUGUAAAGAUUCUUGAUAGUAAAGUACGUAGUACACGCAAAAAGGAUGUAAAGAUAGUGAAGGUUUUGUGGUCUAAUCAAGAAAAUGCGGAAGCGACAUAG